UCCUCUUCUCCCUCAAAACGCGGAUAAGCCUACCGUUUCUGAAUCCCUUCCUCCACCAAGACCCAUCGAAAACCACCUCCUCCCUCGACCUCUGCCCCUUCAAUCACCAGAGCCACAACCCCACAGAAUCUCGCCUCUCCCUUAACCGCUUUCUUCAAGUUCAACAUCCAGUUCUCCCAUCUUCUUCUUCACCACACCUUGCUCCUUCUCCCAUCGUUUUCACCUCCAUCGAUUUCUCAUAGACCCGUCUCCUCUCUCCGUUGGCUUAUCCUCUGAAACCCACUCCAUUGUCCUCCCCUUCAUCGUUGUUACAGCUCCUCCUCUUCUCCAUCAAUAUUCCACCAUUUCCUCAUCAUCUCCCCAAAAAUUAGAAAACCCACCUGCAUUCACCGAUUCGGGUUGUUCCGUGAAAGCAAAGACGAAGCACCCAGCGGCGUAGCAGAACCGGCAAAGCAAUCGGAGGCCGUGUAUUAGAACCGGAAAAGCACAGACAACCUUUCACCGAGUCUUUCCAGUGCCACUCCGCACCCAACCGCGUCAUCGCCCUCACUGACCCUUUUGCUCCCUCUGCUCAGCCUCAAAACUUUCCUUCGGCGUGGUAUUAGAGGAAGCAAGCAAUGACAAAUGAGAAAACAGAGGUGUGGAAAAUUAUCCACAUCCCUGACAAGCGUCCCAUAUCACCUAAAGAGCAACCCACUGUGAAUGCUUUUGCCUCAGUGAUUGAGCCAAAACUUGCAAAUGCUCUUAUAAGGCUGUUAAAUCAGAUAGCUCCACUUGAAGAUAUGCGCCAUGUGAAGCGUAUACAGAAGAGACAUGAUGAAAGCGGGAAAAUUCAGUUGUCUGUGAUCCUUUGCCUAGCUUCUGAGAAUGAUAACCAGUCAAGCAACAUGCCACAGAAUGUACAAGAGCUAAUAAAUUCUUACCAGUUGAGUCCUUUUAUCAUAAAAGUUUGCAAAUGGGCUGCAACAUCUAGAGAAGAGUGGGAAGAACAAUGCAAACUGUGGCCAACAUCAUAUCAUCCACCUACUUACAAUAUUAACGGCAUUACUGGAUUUGGCGAAGAGGACUCUCAAUCGGUUUUCAACUUCAUGAAAGUGGCUGUUGACUUGGCAAAAUCUGGUGGUGGUUUGAUGGUCAAUGCUGCUGUUAUAGUGGAUCCCUCAGUUCAGCAGAUUAUUGCAAGUGGACAUGAUCAAAUUUAUUCAUGGCAUAGCAGGACUGGCAUUGAAAAUAGCAACUUUAAACAGCCAGCCUCAUUUGCUUCUAAUCCCAAGCCCAGUGGCGCAAAUCAUUUAACUGUGUUUCCAAACAAUUUGCAUAAUGGACCUGCAAGAUUGUAUGCUGGUGUUUCUUGUUUAAAUCCUUGGCAUUGGUGUGGGCAACAAUUGGAUAUGGGAAGUUCCUGUUAUUUGCAUCCUUUACAACAUGCUGCCAUUGUUGCUAUUGAAUCUUCUGCUGAAAGGGAUAGGCGGCUAUUCCCUGGCUUGCUUCAUACUGUGAAGUCCUCUGAAGUGAAACAUAUGCAGUCUUCUUGUGCAGGUUCUCCAGCAAAAAGACAGAAAAUUAACCUUGCAUAUGUGGAGGAUGGGAAGGAAUUGGAUGCUGAUUCUGAAGUAACAUCAGUGAGGCCCUAUCUGUGCACUGGGUAUGACAUCUACCUGGUAUGGGAGCCAUGUACAAUGUGUGCAAUGGCACUUGUGCAUCAAAGAAUUCGGCGUAUAUUUUAUGCUUUCCCCAAUCCGAAUGCUGGUGCACUAGGCAGUGUUCACAGACUACAGGGAGAGAAAAGCUUGAAUCAUCACUAUGCUGUUUUUAGGGUAGUUCUGCCAGAAGAGGUUCUUAAUGUGGCUGAAGUGGUAGCAAGAGCUGAUGAUGAUAAUGACCAAAUUGCCACUGCUGUAUCUUAACAAGAGUAUUUUGAUACUCUCCAUGAAGACAAUUGAGUGAUUUCUCUCCUCUUGCCAAAAAUGCAAGCAUUUUGUGGGAAGGAUUUCAUGGUGAUUCCAUUCUCUCCAAAUCUGCAUGUGAGAGUUUAGGCUUUUUGUAUUCUUGUUUUUCAUAGUUCAGAUGUAUUCUUUUUGCAUCACAGCCUUCUCGUCAUUUAAUUUUUCUUGACCUGACUUUUUACAGUAUUUUCAUUUAAUUUUUGAUAUCGAAUGAUAAUUUAUAAAUAAAUAUAAUAUUGUUUUAUAUCAA